ACCGCGUGGAAUUCCAGUAUUUAAACCAGAAAACAUAGGAAAGGUUCAAGGAAUUUCAUAGUUGUCAGUUUCUCGUGAAACUUGAACUGUAUUGUCUGAUUGGUUGAAACCAUGUACCAUCCCGCUCUGAUAACCUGAGACUGACGAGACUGUACAACCAAUCGGAGUGUACGCGAAGGAGAGGGUGUUUGGUAUGCCUUGAGACAGGGCAGCUUGUUCACAGUAAUUCAAGGUUUUGACCGUGUAACAAUAUUGUUGUGUUAUCAUCGUGUUUGUUACAAAAGAAAUAAUUCGCCUUCUCGGGAACCGCGAAAUCUCGUUGAUUUUAAGUUAGUCGGGUAUAGGAAUGGCCGCAGUUUUCGAUAUUGAAUUGCACGAUGCGGACACGGUAAAUAGGGACGAGUCGGACGAUGAUGUUAUCGAGAUCGGCGAGGAAGAGUACGAUGCAAACCCAAACGUGAAUGAGAUAACUGAAACGGAAGGUGUCGAAACGGUAGCUAUAUCGGAACAGAAUGUCAAUCGCGGCCGGGAAAGAGCUGGGCCUCAAGAUUUCGAACUGUGUAAAGUUAUCGGGAAAGGUGGCUAUGGCAAGGUUUUUCAAGUGCGUAAGAUCACUGGUAAUGACAGGGGGACGAUCUUUGCGAUGAAGGUCUUGCGCAAAGCCUCCAUUAUAAGAAAUCAAAAAGAUACCGCACAUACCAAGGCUGAAAGAAACAUUUUGGAAGCUGUGAAACAUCCUUUUAUCGUGGACCUCAUGUAUGCUUUUCAAACUGGUGGUAAAUUAUAUUUGAUCUUGGAAUACAUGUGCGGAGGUGAAUUGUUUAGACACUUAAAUGAUGAAGGAAUUUUUCUUGAAGAAACUGCUUGUUUCUACUUAUCAGAAAUAAUACUGGCCCUUCAACAUCUUCAUUUACAGGGAAUUAUUUAUAGAGAUUUAAAACCAGAGAAUAUCCUUUUAGAUGCAGAAGGACAUAUAAAAUUAACUGAUUUUGGUUUGUGUAAAGAGCAUAUACAGGAUGGUACUGUUACCCAUACAUUCUGUGGUACUAUUGAAUAUAUGGCCCCAGAAAUAUUAACAAGAAGCGGUCAUGGUAAGGCAGUAGAUUGGUGGAGUUUGGGAACAUUGCUGUAUGAUAUGCUUACUGGUUUGCCACCAUUUACGUCUGACAAUAGAAAGAAGACCAUUGAAAAGAUCCUACGCGGUAAAUUAAAUCUUCCCCAAUACUUAACACCUGAUUCUAGGGAUCUUAUUCGAAAAUUGUUGAAGAGACAAGUUACUCAAAGAUUAGGAUCUGGUCCAUCAGAUGCUGAGCAAAUAAAGAGCCAUCAAUUUUUCAAGCAUAUCAAUUGGGAUGACGUGAUUUCUCGAAAGUUAGAACCACCUUUUAAACCGACUUUAACCAGCGAAGAUGAUGUGUCUCAGUUUGACCAAACAUUUACAACAUCUGCACCAAUAGAUUCUCCUGCUGAGUAUACAUUAAGUGAAUCUGCUAAUAGAGUAUUUCAAGGAUUCACGUAUGUAGCCCCUAGCAUACUGGAAGAUAUGUAUUCUCAACCACGGGUAAUAAAUGCUAGAAGUCCACGCAGAGGUAAUAUGCGAGGUUUUUCACCACGAGGAACGCAUUUUCAUUUACAUAGUUCACAUGUACAGAAUCAUAGACAUAAUGGAGUUGGACAUGGAAACAUAGAAGAUACAGAAAUGAUCGAAAUAGGCUAACUGCCAAUUUCUUUAUAGUGGAAAAUGCUUAUCAUUUCGGCCUAACUGCUGGAUAUCCAUGGCCAAUCCUUGUGUCUCAGGGAGGGAUUUUAUAAAAAUGUAGAUGGAGUAGCAAAAGGAUAGGUCCAAUACCCAAUACUUGAUUGGAUAUUCAGCAGUUAAAUUUAGCUAAUUUCUUUUUUUUUUUAAUCAAAUAUAAUUACAAUAAAAAUACGAAUUAAGAUUAUGCUUUAAGAACAGCGACGCAGCAGUUAUUUGGUAGCAUGCAAUAAGAGUACGUACACAUACAUACACACUAUAUAUAAUAUAUAUAUUUGUGAAUGAUAAAUAAUCAGGAAGGAAAGAUUUUUAUUUACUUAUUUGCCGUUAAUUACAAUCUGCUAAAAGUUGUAAUGGAAUUCGUUAUUUGCAUACAUUAUAGCCAAAUGCUACACAUGUACGUUUUAUUAAACCGUUGAUACGUAAUCACCUGUUGUGUUUUGUAUAUAUGAUGCACAGGUUGGUUGGAUAUUCAUAUAUACAUAGAUAUCUAUAAACGUCAUUUAUGCUAAGUGCAACAGACUGAAAAAUUCCAGCACUUUUAGAGGUUUCAUAAAUUACACUGUUAAUACAAGUUUGAGGUUCAACCAUCCUGUAACACUUGUAUAUUUCAAAGCCCGUACACGGUGCGUGUAAUUUUAUUACAGUGUACGCGUGCUUAAAUGAUAAUUAAUUAAAAAGUAAGGGGAUAAAAAAAGACGGAUAGACUUAAUAUACGAUGAAUACAGCUGCCACAACCGCUCCGCCGCUCAAAAUUCCAUAUCUGGUUGUUCAUUUAAGAAAAAUCUUUUCAGCAGUAAUAACGUUUCCAUGGCAAUAAUGUAAACGAUAACAAAGUUUGCACGAUAGUCAUAGAACAAUGUUUAUGUAAAAUAUUGCAACGGAAUUGCAUUUGUACAAUUGAAAGUUCCUAAGAGACACGUGAGUUUAAACUGCAAUGUAUUCCAAUCUUCAACAAACAAAUAUUUUUUGUAAAGGCACUCGUGCAUUCGUUAAAUGUUAAAAUCGUUAUUAUUUUCAUCCAGUUAUGUCUAACAAAGAUGCAUAAAUUUUUUCUGAUUAUUUUAGUACGAAAACAAGUUACCAUGGUAACAAUGUUACUGCGAAAUGUUGACUUGCUACCGAUAUAUCAUAAACUAUUGUAUUUCGUAUUUCACACUAAUGUUUAUGUACAUGCUUAGUGAGACAUCAAUAUUGUAUUGCAAUUUAUUUAAUUGACGUCUAUUUGUUACAUGUAUUUAUAUAUGUAUUAUUGAAACAAAAAGCAACUAAUAUAUUGAUUUUGUCGUACACACAAUAUUAGUAAAAAGAUAAAACUAUAAUAGUGGAAAGAAUAAGUGUUUAGAAUGAUUGUUGGCCGCUCAUCAAGAAAAUUUCAAACUACCCAAGUGUUCACAGGCCAUAGAUGGCAUUACAAUUUUAGCUGUAUUUACAGCGAAUAUACCCCAUAGUCGAAAUGUUAGAAUGUUAUAAUCCCAUGGUCUUUCUGCUGCGAAUUUGACGCUACAUUUCGACUAUGCAUUACAUUCAAACAAAUUGCGUAUAUAAUAUAUGUAAGAUUACAUUACACGAAGAAGAAAAAAUAAAAAACAAAUGCGUAUAAUGAUAUUCGCAAUUGUAUUGUAUUAUAAAGAAGCGUAUAUUCAGAGAGGAUAAUUUAUAAGCCACAUUUUCUGUACGUGUCGAAUGGUGUAUUUUCGAUGUUGAAGCGAGAAUCUGUCUACAGAGUUAUUCGUCGUGUUUAACGUUCAAGGAUUUUUCUGUAGUAAGAUGUUAAGACUUAAGACAAAAAAACGUAUGUAAAUGAAGUUGAUUUUUCAGGUUUAUAACGAGGGGAAUUAGUAUUUAAUUGAUAACGAUAUAAAAUAAAAAAUCAAUAAUUGCAUCCGGUUAUGAUGUAACGACGUAACGUAUUACCAUAUCUGUGUAAUGUACUAUAAUUUUUUAUGCGUUUUUUGAUAACUACCAACAUCGGGUAAGAUUGAAAUCGUUUGAAAGAUAUUUGAAUUUAUAUGGACUUUCAUUGUUGAUAUAAAUGAACUUUGUAGGUAGAUUCUACCAGUAUGCUUUGUAACAACCAAUUCUUGGUGCUGAUACUCGUUAAUUUGAUUCAAUCCUAAGCGGCCUGCAUUACUGUAAUUGAUUUUUACACCUUAAGAAAUCAAUUGUCGUAGCACUUAGUGCUCUAUUUAGAUCUUCUAUGUUUACGUUUGAUCGCAACAACCGAGAAGAACGUACUAAAUGAAUUUAGCAAAAAGUUAAGAUUUAUUUUUUAUAAUAUUCUGUUUGAUGUAUUAAUGACAAAGAAGUGUUAUAGUUACCCCACGAGGCACAACAUAUAUUAGUUAAGAGUUUGAAAGAAGAAAAGUAAAGUUAUCAUCGAAUGAUGUAUGUAAAUUAAACACUAGCCAUUGGCCGAAAUAAGUGAUAAAUGGUUUGAUGCUUCCAAUUAAAAAGAAAUAUAGAUUCUACAAUUGA